AUGAGCGCGGCGUUCGGCCCGUCCUUCAUGGUGAUGCAGCGGCCACUCGGAAGCACCACCGCCUUCAGCAUCGACUCUCUGAUCGGGGGCCCCCCGCCGCCCGGCCCGGGACACUUCGUGUACACCGGGUACCCGAUGUUCAUGCCCUACCGGUCGGUGGUGCUCCAGCCGCCUCCUCCGCCUCCUCCUCCUCCUCCGCCCUCGUCCCUGCCUGCCGGACACCACCCGCACCUGCAGGGCGGCUUCUGUCCCGGCAUGGCGCUCACCUCCACCCUCACCUCCACCCUGAUGGCGUCGCUGCCCGGCGGCUUCGCCCCCCCCCACCAGCACGAGGCGGCCCGCAAGUUCGGCGCGCGGGCGCUGCACGCAGCGUUGGAGAAGGCGCACGAGGCCGAGGACGGGAAGAGCUUCCUGACGCACGCGCUCCACGACGCGGACACAGGCCCCCUCAAAGAAGCGUCCCGGGAGGAGGACCUGGUCCGGAAGGAGGACUUCUCCAUGGACAGCGACCUGGACUACAGCUCCGACGACAACCCCCCCUCCGCGUGCCACAAGGAGGACGCCGGGGGGCCGGAGGACGGCACGCACGCGCACGGCUCCUCGUCCGGGGGGGGCGGCUCCGGGAAGAACCGGCGGCGGCGCACCGCGUUCACGAGCGAGCAGCUGCUGGAGCUGGAGAAGGAGUUCCUCUGCAAGAAGUACCUGUCGCUCACGGAGCGCUCGCACAUCGCGCACGCGCUCAAGCUGAGCGAGGUGCAGGUGAAGAUCUGGUUCCAGAACCGGCGCGCCAAGUGGAAGCGGGUCAAGGCCGGCAACGUCAACAACAAGUCCGGGGAGCCGUCCCGGAACCCCAAGAUCGUGGUUCCGAUCCCGGUGCACGUGAGCCGCUUCGCGAUCCGCAGCCAGCACCAGCAGAUGGAGCAGGCCCGACCGUAGAAGAGCCCACGCCGUGACGUCACGGUGUGACGGAUCACAACAACGAACAGACGGGUCUGAUUGCAUUUGUACAUUAUUUUACAAAUAUAAAGAGGUUUCGGUUCCACUUCGGUGUCGCACAUGAAAUAUUCGAAUUAAAAGCGGUUUGUUUUGGAUCUUUACGUGAAAAACAUGAAAAACAAACGAGUUAAAAAGCGAGGAUGACGAUGAUGAAGAUGCCCCCAUGUAAAUAGACACUCUGGGACCAAACGGAGGACUUCCGGUGCACAUUUCUCCACAAACAUUGUCUCCAUGAACUUUCUGCGUUGGAUCAAACUGUUUCUUCUUCUUCUCUCGCUUCCGUUAAUUUUCAUAACUUUAUUUUCGU